CCGUGUGGUCUGCUAAUAGAAUCAAGGCCACACCACAUUUUGGCCUCCCGAGCCGGAUCUCAAUUAAGAUUGAGAGUUUCUACAAGUUGCCGAUUCAGAAUCUAAGUACUAAUUUACAAGUAUAUAUAUAUUUGCAUUUACCGGAUAUCGAGGUAAGAUUAUUAUAUUUCCAAGUUUCUUAUAUAAUCUUAAAAAUGCCGCCCAAGAGUGUAUCUGCCAGUGCUGAAGUCGCACGACUAAUUUCAAAACGAGAAAUGUAUUUUUCCAUUAUACAGAAGACGUAUGACUUGAGCAGAGAUGUGGAAGAUGCGUCAAGCAAGCAACAAUUCUGUACGAACCUGGUAAUGUUAGAUAACAUUCGAGAUCAAUUCAUAAAACUUACCGACGAUAUUAAUAAAUUAAACGCGUUGGAAAAUCCCAGUUUCGUACCGGAUUAUGCUGCCCUUCUAUCCGUGGAACAAUUAUACGCGGAGAUAAAAUAUAUUGAAAAAACUAUUUCUGCUGUAAAUAAUACUUUCUCUUUUACAAAAAGUGAAGAUUCCCCAUCUAAAUUUAUUUCAAAAUCCCGUCUACCAACAAUUGAAAUACCCGAAUUUGCGGGUGAUUUAAAAAAAAUGGCCGCUAUUUUACGAAACAUUUAAAACACUUAUACACGAGAAUCCCGAGAUUGAUAUUAUAUCCAAAUUUCAUUAUUUAAUGGGCGCAUUAGAAGGCCCAGUAAUGAAAAUUUUCAAUACUAUAUUACCUACCGCCAAUAAUUAUUCAAUUUUAUGGGAAGCACUGAUAAUCAAAUACGAAAAUAAACGUUAUCUGGGCAUUAACUAUUUCAAACAGUUAAUGUCUUUUAAAACUGUAAACUCAUCACAGUUGCAUAACUUUAUCGAGAAAUUUGAUACUGCUGUACAAGCAUUAAAUCAAUUAAAUAUUCCAGACCUGUAUGAUUUUUUACUAACAUAGAUCGCUCUAUCCAAAUUAAAUACCAAUUUACAGGAAAAAUUUGAAAAUUAUUUUCAGGGCGAAUAUCCUUCCUAUAAAGAAUUAUUACAAUUCAUAAAUAAAGUGCAAAAAGGUCAAAGCUAUAUUUAUGAUUUGCGCGAGAAGGUUACGAAAACCAACAUAUCUCAUUCUGUGGUCACCAGCAAUGUCAAAUCGCUUCAAUGUUACUUAUGCAACGCAAGUCAUAAUAUUUUUAAAUGCUCGCAAUUUCUAGAAUUAGAUAUCAAUGACAGAUGGUAGGCAAUUAAGAGAUUGAAUCUUUGUUCGAAUUGCCUGAGUCAUAAACGUAACAGUCCGUGUCAUUCUAAGAAAACAUGUCUGUAUUGUAAUACCAAAUAUCAUACUUCAUUACAUUCAAAUAAUUGUGUUGACAAUACAAAACAAUUUCCAACAGAUAUUCAUUCCAAAAAUUCGAAGCAAAAAAUUUCCGAUUCCAAUUCAAGUAAUAUUUUAUGCGUUGUAAA